GCAAAAAAAGAAGGAUCUGGGCAAAGAGACCAAUGGCCGCUAUGCAAGCCAAGCUCCUCCCGGCGCCGGCAAGCCACGGACGGCCGCGACGCCGCGUCGAGCCGCCGGAGGUCGUCCACGACUGCAAGCGGCUGGACAGGCUCAUGAAGUCCGGCAGUCUGGGCGACGCGCUGGACCUGUUCGACCGAAUGCCCCGCAAGAACAUCGUGGCCUGGACCUCGGCCGUGUCCGGUCUCACGCGCAACGGGCGCCCCGAGGCGGCGAUGGCCGCGUUCGCGGACAUGGUGGCGUCCGGCGUCGCGCCGAACGACUUCGCCUUCAACGCGGCGCUGGCGGCGUGCGCGGACGCCAGCGCGCUGCGGGCCGGCGAGCAGGUGCACUCGCUCGCCGUGCGUGCCGGGUUCGCUGGCGACUCGUGGGUCGGGAGCUCCCUGGUCGAGCUCUACUCGCGCUGCGGCGAUCUGGGUGCGGCUAAGGGCGUGUUCGACCGGAUGGAGUCGCCGGACGUCGUGGGGUACACCUCCCUCGUCUCGGCGUUCUGCCGGAGCGGCGAGUUCGAGCUGGCAGUCGACACGCUCCAUCAGAUGCUGAGGCAGGGGGUGGAGCCGAACGAGCACACCAUGGCGAGCAUCCUGGGGUCAUGUUGCCCAUUUGUUCUUGGUGAGCAGGUACAUGCCUACAUGAUCAAGGCCAUGGGUUUGCAUUCGCAGAGCAUGUACGCAUCGAGUGCAUUGAUCGAUUUCUACUCAAGAAACAGUGAGUUUGACAUGGCAAAGGCGGUGUUCAACAAUCUCCACUGCAAGAACGUGGUAACCUGGUGCUCCAUGAUGCAGCUGCACAUCAGAGAUGGAAGGCCAGAAGACGCAUUGCAAGUGUUCGACGAUAUGAUCUCGGAGGGCGUCGUCGAGCCUAACGAGUUCGCAUUCUCAAUUGCUCUUGGCGCCUGUGGAUCCAUUGCUCUGGGGCGUCAGCUUCACUCCUCGGCCAUCAAGCGUAACCUAACUAGUGAUCUCCGGGUGUCAAAUGCUCUGCUCUCCAUGUAUGGCAGGAUCUGUCAUGUCCAAGAACUCGAGGCUGUGCUCAAGGAUAUCGAAAAUCCUGACAUUGUGAGUUGGACAACCGCAAUCUCGGCAAACUUCCAAAAUGGUUUCAGUGAGAAGGCCAUAGCAUUGCUCUCCAUGCUGCACUCGCGAGGUCUCAUGCCAAAUGACUACGCCUUCUCCAGCGCGCUGAGCUCCUGUGCUGAUCUGGCAUUGCUGGACCAAGGGAGGCAAUUCCAUUGCCUGGCUCUGAAGCUAGGGUGCGACUUGAAGAUCUGCACCGGGAACGCGCUGAUCAACUUGUACUCCAAGUGCGGCCAGAUUGCCCCUGCGAAGCUUGCGUUCGAUGUCAUGGAUCACCGCGACGUGACAUCCUGGAACUCGCUGAUCCAUGGGUAUGCGCAGCACGGGGACGCGAGCAUGGCGCUGCAGGUGUUCGGUGAGAUGCGCUCCAUCAGGGGCACCGAGCCGGACGAGUCAUCUUUCCUGGGAGUCCUGGCAGCAUGCAACCACGCUGGGAUGGUGAACGAAGGGGUGGCUCUCUUCAGAGCGAUCGCCAGCCACAGCCAGCACGGCGCCACGCCCUCACCCUCACACUACGCUUGCGUGGUCGACAUGAUGGGACGGAGCGGCAGGUUCGACGACGCACUUCGCCUGGUCGAGGAGAUGCCUUUCAGGCCAGGUGCCCUGAUAUGGAAAACGCUGCUGGCGUCAUGCAGACUGCAUGGCAACCUGGAGACAGGGGAACUGGCCGCAGAGAGGCUCAUGGAGCUCUCUGAGGGGGGAGAAGACCGGGAUUCGGCGAGCUACGUGCUGAUGUCGGGCAUCCACGCGAUGCGCGGGGAGUGGCGUGAUGCCUACAGGGUGCGGCGGAGGAUGGACGAGGCUGGCGUGAGGAAGGAGGCCGGGUGCAGCUGGGUGGAGGUGCACAACGAGGUGCACACGUUCGUCGCGAGGGACAAGUCUCAUCCAGACUCAGCCUCCAUCUACCAGAUCCUCUGGGAAUUGUUCGAUGCCAUGCAAGAUACAGCCUGUGACGCAGAAGAUGCUGAAUUGUUCGAUCUGCAUAUGCAGAUUUAGAUGUUCAAAGAGAGACACAUUCUUGUGUUGUAUUAACAAUUUUGCACCUAGAGAUGCAAUCCAGCAACUCAGAUACAAAUUACAGUACGAAUGGAAUCCUACGAUGGUUAUCACGGGUCUCAACUAAACUGAUAGUUUCCUUGGUAACACAGAAAGGUACCUUCUAGCGUAAAAGAGUACCUCCUCACAUGAGACGACAACCUCAUCGCUUGGCAUGCAGAAUUACAGAUGGACUGAUGAGUACGGCUACUCCAAGAUUGAGCGAAUACCAGGUCAAACAAUGCACAGAUCCUAGCCUAAGGGAGAAUAUCCGCCAAAGGGCAUUGCUAAGUGUCAGAGCCUGACUAUCGCCACUACUGAAGAAAUGUUGAAAGGAGAUGAGGUUCAGUUAACGAAGGGUGGAGAUGAAGUCACUUAUGCCUACGGUCAUGAUGUGCCAGGAGUUAAACUGUUUACCUGUGCGCCAUUUACAUCUGUUGUUUUACCUGUCGCUGUAAUUCGUAGCUGCUUAUAAGCUGAGCCGCUAAGCUCUGUAAUUUCAUUCCUGAAUUGCUAUCAUCGCAAACAAAACAAUAUAUACAAUAUAUAUUGGGCUCAGCCGCAUCUGGGCGAGUACCAGGCGAUAAAAUUCCCCAUUGCUCUCGUUCAUCUUAGUCUAGAUCUCGCAAGGAUCUGACAAAGUGGUAUCAGAUUCCAUCGAAUUCCUUGGCGGCGUGGGUGUGGUGCACAUCGGGGAGUUGGAAUCCAUCCGUAAAAUCCUCCUCGGUGCCUUCAAUUUCUGGUGGCGUGCUCGAUCUGAUUUGGUGUUGUGGGAGCGGAUCUCUUCCUUCAGCGGCGGCGUUUGGUGACGGCGAUUGAUUCCUACUGGGCGGCGUUGGUGGCGGGGCUUGAUCUCUCCUUGGCGGCGUGUGGUGACGGUGAAUUCCAUUUUCCGGAGGCGAUUUCGUUGGAAUUACAGAUCAGGUUUCGGUUUCGGCUGUUCUAAAAUCCCUGAUUCUGUGAUUUCAACGCGGCGGCGGCUGGAUUGUUGUCUGGAUUCGGGUUACUGUCGGCGUGCAGUGUAAAACUCCUCUUCCAGUUCAACAAUCAUUGCGACGGGUCGUGGUAAGCCAUCAGUCGGGGAUGACGACCACACUGCGGAACUCCAGUUGCUCAAGGGGGAAAUUGCUGAGCAGCAACAGGAGUUGGGGCAAGUUCGUGAUGACCUUCUGGCAGUGGGAGUAAAAUGUUAACUAAUAUACUGUUUUCUUGUCAGUGUUUGAAAUCAGGUAAUUCAUAAAAGGAUUUAAUUAAUAGCCGUUAUGGAGUGCAAUCUAGCCAUCCACAUCAUUAUGGUGAUCAGCUACAUCCUGGCAACACCUUGCAGUUUGGCCAACACACACCAUCAGCAGAGCAAUCUAGGGUAGUCCAGUGGGUGUAUCCGAAUAUAUUUCAGGAUGAUCAAGCACCUUAUGGGAGGCGGACAUCUUGAAUUCUGGAACAAGAGGUUACAAUUGCAGGUUGUAGAUCCGAUGUAUAGAAGAGUCUGGCUCCAGGUUGUAUUAGCUUCAUCUAUCUGAGUAUCUGACAUCAGAGGCGGCCUGAGGAUGCAUGCAGGAACUAACAGGAAUGUUGUCACGCGACAUUGAUGUCUGAUCCUUGACGAGAACUCGAUAGCUUUCUUGAACUUUGAAUCUGCUAACCAAGUUUUGUUUCCCAGUCGUGACUUGGACACUCAACAGCUUUCCUGAAGAUGCCAAACUAUGUGAAUAUGUCGUUUGAUAUCUCUUUUUCUUAAUCUUUUUUUUUGUUUUUGUUUUGCCACGUUGUAUCCAUGUGAUAGAGCAAUGCAGUAGAUGACUAUUCUGUA